CCCACGAUAAACAUGCAUUGUUUUUGAGAUGAUAUAUUUUGCCAGAUUUGUUUUAUCCAAAAAAAAAAUUUAAAAGAAAAAAAGAUUUAUUAUAGUGGUAGGAACAAAACUUGAAUCAGUGAUUACUGUGGAAAGCUUAGUCAAAUUGAAUAGCCUAGCAAGAAUAUGGGAGAGUUUCGAGUACACCAUGUGAGAUUUUUCGAAUAUCAGCCAAAGACUGUACAUUGUUUGGCAUAUGAAAAGUCAACAAAGCAGCUUGCCGUUUCAAGGAGUGAUGGAACAAUUGAAAUAUGGUUACCAGAUUCUGAUUGGUUACAUCUAAAGACAAUACCUGGAGGAUGUGAUAAAUCUGUAGAAGCCAUUGUAUGGGAAGGGAGACGACUCUUUACUGCUGGUUUAGAUGGUGAAGUUACAGAAUAUAAUUUACUUGCUUUACAGCCGAUACAUUCAGAGCCAUCAAAUGCUGGGGCUAUUUGGUGUUUAACAAAGAAUUCUACAGGGACAAGAUUAGCAGCAGGAACUGAAGAUGGUUGCGUUGUUUUAUUUGAUAUUGAAAUGUUACAGUUAAGAUAUUUACAGUCAUUUGGUAAACAGGAAGGUCGUAUACUAUCUAUUGCCUGGCAUACUGAAGAAGGUAUUAUAAUAACUGGUGGUAUAGAUAAUAUAAGGUUAUGGAGUGUUAAAUCUGGACAAGCUAUACAACGUCUAACAUUAGGGCAUCAAAUUGGUAAUCAAGAAACUAUAGUAUGGACCCUAGCUGUUACAAGUAAUUUGACUAUAAUAAGUGGAGAUUCAAGAGGACAAACUUGUUUUUGGAAUGGCAGACAAGGAACAUUAAUAAAGAGUUUUAAAAGUCAUAAAGCUGAUGUUUUAACUUUAACCGUCAAUGAGGCUGAUGAUUGUGUAUUUUCAUCAGGAGUAGAUCCAUUAUUAGUAGGUUUUGAACUGAUAUAUGUAAAAAAUGGUACACAACAAUGGGUCCAAUCAACAACGGAGAAUAUACAUAAACAUGAUGUUAGAGCUUUAUGUUUUAGUCCUAUUGGCGUUAUUUCAGCAGGAAUAGCUACCAAUCUGUGUAUUACAAAUCGUAAAAAUGGUAAAAUUCAGUCAAGAAGAUUUCAUUAUUUACCAAGGGAUUUAGUUCAUGUAUCAAAAGAAAAGAAAUUGAUAUUACUACAGUAUCCUGACUAUAUAGAAGUAUGGAAACUUGGUCAUACAAAUUUUACUUCAGAGAAUGAUGGUGAGAUACUACCAUUAAGAAGUAAUCCUAUCAAAUUAUUACAAUUAAAAUGUAAAAGUGGUGAAGAUAAUAUUAUCUGUAGUAAUAUCAGUAACGAUUGUUUAACUUUAGCUUAUUCAUAUCAAUCACAUGUACGAUUUUAUCAUUUACAAGUGGAUGAAGAAGAGUUUACACCAAAAGUGAGUUUGAAUAAAAUAGUUACUAAUAAUGAAGAUAUUAGGGUUCCUGUCCACCAUAUAGAAUUUACAGUAGAUGGGAAACUGGUAGUCACGGCAACAUCUUCUGGUUUUAUUCAAGUAUUUUCUAUAGAUGAUCAACAGGCUACACUUUCUAAUACUUUUGAAGAAAUUGAAAGUGGUAUAAGAUUAUUAACUAUAUGCUCUGAUAAUGAAUAUGUAGCAGUGACGUCUGGUGAAAACAAAAUAUUUGUCUAUAAUCUCAAAACAUACCAGCUGGAGUGUACUCUACCAAGUUAUGACUAUCCUGUUAGAUGUUUUAGAUUUUCUCCUGUCCAGACCUUACUUGUAACAUAUUCAAAUAACAUGGUGAUAGAAUUUGAUGUUGAGAAGAAAGAAUAUACUUCUUGGAGUCGUAAAAACAGUCAGAAAUUACCAGAUCAAUGGUUAACUAAAGUGAAUAAAACAUCAAGAAUUAGUUUUAAUACUAGUAAUAAUAAUCAUAUAAUUUUACAAGACAGUAUGUCAUUUUGCAUCAUAGACAAAUCACAGCCAAUGCCUGGCAAGUCUGAGAGAAUCUUUGAUAAAUGGAAUAAAGAAAUGAAAAAGGAACGAACUUUUUAUCAAUGUAAAAAAUAUCAUUUUGUGAUGUAUGUUGAAUGUUUAGAAGAUGAUUGGCUUGUUGUUGUUGAAAGAACACCAUUAGCUAUAUUAAAAAGUCUACCACCAACAUUAAAACAGAAAAAAUUUGGUACAUAAUACGUAAUAAAAAUUGAACUCUU